AUGCAGCGAAAGCAGAGCCGACCCUCUGGAAACCGUCGAAACCCACCACAGAACCGCCGCCGCGGAGACCGCGAUGCCGUUAGAAAGCCUUACUCCCAAGAACGUGUGGAUCUGAACUCGGACUGGGUACACGACAAAUAUGACGACGAUCGCGAUGCACGUGGAUCUCGUGGUGGACGCCGUCGCCGUUCAAACUCCCCUGACCGCAGUGGCCGAGCUCUGACCAAGGUCCGUGUAGAGAACCUGCACUAUGACAUUACCGAAGGCGAUCUGGAGGACCUUUUUACACGUAUUGGACCUGUCAUCGACCUUACCCUCGUCUACGACCGUGCAGGCCGCUCUGAGGGUGUCGCCUAUGUCACUUACCAACGCUUGAGCGACGCUCAUGAGUCCAUCCGCGAAUUCGACGGUGCCAACGCCAAGGGACAGCCCAUCCGUCUAAGCCUGGUUCCUGGUCGCCGUGAGCGAAACCCUGACCGUAACACUUUGUUUGAACGUGUGGAGCGUCCAGGCCGCAGCUCACGCAGUCUGAGCCCAGGAGCUGGUGGGGAGGGUUCUCGCCGCAGCCGUCGCAGCGACGUUUCUAAGCCUGCUCCGGACGGCAUCGACCGCUACGUGCCCGGUUCGCGCCAGCGCUCGCCCCGUCGUGGCGGUGGAGGUGCCGGUGGUGCCGGUGGAGGUCGUCGUAAUGGACGUGACGGUCGCGAUGGCCGAGACAAUCGCGGUCGUGGUGAACGCACAGCUCGAGAUGGUCGCCCCCGCAAGACGCAAGAAGAGCUGGACCAGGAAAUGGACGACUACUGGGGUGGAAACAACGCAACUACUGAAGCCGCCGACAAGCAGCCCGAACAAGCUGAAUCUGCUGCUCCCGCCGCUGUGGCUGCGCCCGUCGUAACUGCAGCUGCAGACGACGACAUCGACAUGAUUGAGUAG